AUGCACACCCUCACUGUUCUGCUCUUGCUGGCCAUGCUUGCCACCCUUGCCACCAGCCAGGGCUCACCACUCUACUUUGGCACCACCAUGUUCACCUUCCACAUGGCCAGCUCGCCCCUGGCCAACUGCAUCUGCAACAUAUCAGUGACUGCCAGCCCCCUCAACUGCAACAUCAGCAACUCAGACCUCACCUCGUGGACCCUCACUGGCCCCACCAUCACCCCCAGCAACGAGGCCCUCAGCCCCACCACGCCCACCACGCUCAACCCCUAUGGAAGUGGAUCAUUGACCCAGUACUAUUUGGACCAGAACACCAUUUUGUGCAAUGGCGCACCCAUCCUUGGCUGGUUGACAUUUGUCAAGACCUCAGGCUACUACAGCAACAGCAUCUUCAGCAGCAACCAGUUCACCAUCCUCAAUGUGCACAAUGGCAAGUUUUCACUCACUGGGAGCCCCUACCUGGAUGACACUGUUGAUGUGCAAGUGCAGGGAUGGACCACCUGA